AUGGAUACUCUUUACGUGCUUAAGGUCAAGUGCCGCGGCGUCCUUCGUCGCAUCUCCUCUCGUCGCGACCCUCCGGCGUUCGACCACGUGGACGGUCAGAUUCGCAAGCUCUUCAAGGUUCCCGCCGACAAGCCAAUCACCGUCACGUACACGGAUUCCGACGGUGACGUCAUAACGGUUUCCACGGACGAGGAUCUUCACGACGCGUUUAUCUACCAGGAGCUCAACCCGCUUCGCCUCGAUGUUGCCGUGGAGUCCCUGCCAGGCGCUGACGAUUUCGUCGACGUCUGCAGCCUUGACGGGUCUGUCUACUCGUCGUCGUCGUUCGGCGGAGAUGCUGCUCCGUCCGCGCCGUCCGCGCCGUCCGCUGUUGCUCCCUCUGGCGUGAAUCUCACUCCUGCUCCUCCUGCUUCGGAUUCAGUCCCCGACUCUGCUGCUCAGGCCGUUCCUGUUCCUCCGGCAGCUUCGACCCCUGCUGUUGACGAACCUCCUCCUGCGCCAGUUCCUGCUGCUGCUCCUGCUCCUACGCAGCCCGUUCCUGCCGCUCCUGAAGCUUCCACCUCUGAGCCUGCUCCUGCUGACGCUCCUGCUGCCGCUCCCUCCGCGGCACAGCCCAGCAAGCCGUCUGUCCCGGAGAAUCCUGACGAGGCGUUUGAGGCGAAAGUCGCGGAGUUUGCAACCGCGGUGGAGAAUCAAAUUCUGAAGGCGCUGGCGUCGGGCGGGCAGCUGGAGCGCAUGCUGGCGCAGUACGGGCCGAUUCUCAAGGAUGCUCCUGGGAAGAUUGCGCAGGUUCUGGCGACGGCGCGGCGGAGCGGGCUUGACGUGGUGUUUGAGCCGAUUCUGGAGAUGCACCACCGUCGCCAGCAGCAGCAGCAGCAUGGGGGAUUCAGCGGCGGUUGUGGGUCUUCUAAGCCUUCCACCUCAUCUGCUUCUCCCGCCGCUGCUGCUGCCGCGGCUGCGGAUUCUGCUGCUGCUGCCGCUGCUGAUUCGGCCGCUGCUGCUGCUGAUAUUGCCGCUGCGGUGUCGGCUGAUGUUGCUGCUGCGACCUCUGCAGUGGCUGCUGCGAUUGCUGCUGCAGCAGACGCACUCGAUCUCAAGCCUAAGGACGCUGCCACUUCCUCUGCUACUGCUCCUGCUCCUGCUCCUGCUCCUGCCGCUUCUGCUGCCGCUGCUGCUGCUGUUGCUGCCACGGCUGCUGCUGCUGCAGCUGCUGCGUCGGCCUCAGAUUCUGCGAGUGAGAGUGGCAAGGCGGUGCACUACGGCAUCACCUGUGACGGCUGUGACAUGCGCCCUCUUAAGGGCAAGCGCUACCACUCUCUCGUGAAGCAUGACUUUGACCUGUGCGAGGCAUGUUACAGGAAGGAGGGAUCCAUCUCAGAGCAUUAUGAAUGCAUCGAGAAGCCCCCGCCUGCUAAGGUCUACUUCCCUGUCAAGCCGAAGGAUGCUGCUUGUUCUGCUGGUACUGCUGCCGCUGCUGCUGCUUCAGCGACAGCAUCCGCCUCUGCUGCUGCGCCCCAGGGCGGUGCUGCACAGGGAGCGAGUGAGGCUGCCAAGGCAGUGCAUUACGGCAUCAUCUGUGACGGCUGUGACAAGCGCCCCAUCCAGGGCAAGCGAUACCGCUCCCUUGUGAAGGACGACUUUGACCUGUGUGAGGCGUGCUACAGCAAGGGGGGGGUGGUGCCGGAGCACUAUGAGUGCAUCGACCGCCCUCUCUUCCGCCCCUCGCGCCUGCAGCACAUGGCCGCCCACGCCGCUGCCAUGGCUGGCUUGCCGGGAGCAGGUCGUCCCUUCUUCGCCCCGCGCCCGCACUGCCCCUUCACGCACCACUCCAUGCCGCACGCUUGGGGGCCUGGCGCUCCUUUCAACAAGCACCAGCAUCAUCACCAGCACCCUCACCACCACCCAAACAGCUCUGCUUUCACCGGCAGCUGCAGCGUGGGGGGGUCCGUGGGCGGAGCAGUGGGGGGGUCGGUGGGGCAGUUGCAGUAUGGCAGGGCGCAUGGGAGGCUGUUGGACGCGCGGUUUGUGAGGGACGUGAGUGUGCAUGACGGCAAGGAGAUGGCGCCACUGACGAGGUUCACCAAGAUCUGGCGCCUGCGCAACAGCGGCAGCGUGCCGUGGCCCUGCGACCUGCAGGUCAUUCACGCAGGAGGGGACCUGCUCUCAGAGACUACCACCGUGCCCCUUGAGUUGCCACGAGGGGGCGUGUACCCUGAACAGGAGGUUGAUGUGGCGGUGGACAUGGCAGCACCUGCCCGCCCCGGGCGCUACAUGUCUCACUGGCGCCUGCUGGCCCCUGGAGGCCCCAAGUUCGGCCACCGCUUCUGGGCCCAGAUCCAGGUCGUGGAGGCCAGUGCAAUGGAUGAAGAGCCGGUGCCUCUCCUUGCUGCUGCCCCUGCUGCCGUUCCUGCUGCUGCCUCUGCGCCUCCUGUGCCUGCUGCUGCUGCCGAGUCCGAGUCUCCCUCUCUGCCUGAAGCCGUUUGUGUGAAGGCCAGCCCGAGUACGGACGCAGAGAACGUACUAGCUGAUGCUACUCCAGUGGAAGAUGCUGCUGCUGGUGCUGCUGUUGUGGAGCAGGCAGGUGCUGAGGAGGCUGUGGAGGAGAGUGGUGUGGUAUCUGUCGCGGAAGUAGCAGAGGAGAAGGAGGAGGCUGGGAGUGCUCAGGAGGAGCUGGAGGAGGAGAAGGAGGAAGUUCCUGUGGAGGCGAGUGAGGUGGUGGUGGAGGAGGAAGUUAAGGAGGUGAAGGAAGACGUGAAGGCGGAGGAAGAGGAGAAGCCGGAGGAGGAGACGCAGGAAGAGAAGAAGCAGGAUGAGCAGGAGUGGGAGGAUCCGAUCAUCACUGCGAUCCGCAACGCUGCGGAUAACAUCGGGACGGCAGCCGCUGGUGCUGCUGCUGCUGCUGCCGAGUCUGAUGUUGGUACAGCCAUGGCUGCUGUUGAAGACGUGGUGAUUGACGUCGCCCCUGCCUCUGUUCAACCUGUUGUGCCUGCGCCUGCUGCUGCUGCUGUUGCUCCUGCUACAGAGGGUGCUGCAACUGCUGCUGCUGCUGCUGCUGCUGAGGAGGACUGGACUGACCUGCGCAUUCCUUCCCCUGCAGACGACACCACUAGCACCACCAGCAGCACCACCACUGAUGCUACCACCUCGGAGGCUAUCCCCCCGGCUCUCACCGCUUCAGACGUGUCUUCCACUCUCCUGCGGCCCCUAGCCUCGUCCUCCUCGGAUGCUUCUUCAUCUGUCAGCACCCCUAGGGCGGAGGACACUGCUGUCGGCAGCUUCUCUCUCGUGAAUGUGUCCUACCCCUCCAUUGCCUCAAUUGGCUGCGUUGCGCCUGUUCCCGCUUCUCCUGCGCCCGGCCAGUCCCUGUAUCCCUCAGUUGAGAGCAUCGGGGUUUUGGUGCAAGAAUCUGCUCCUGCUGCUGCUGAGGCUGCUGCUGGCGCGGCUGCUGGUGCAUUGACAGCGGAUCUGCUGACAGGGGAUGACUAUGUGAACGUGUCUCCACCUUUUACUGCUGCGCCUGCUGCCAUGCCGUCGCCUGCCAGCUUCCUGGACGAGGAAGAGGAGAUUGAGAUGGAGACCCCGCCUCUCAUCGUCAACUCGUCCGCACCCGCUGCUGCCGCUCCUGCUGCUCCUGUGGAGGUUCCUGCUGCUCCAGCUGUUUCGUCUGCCCCGUCUGCACCUGCUGUGGCUUAUGGGGGGAGAUACGGCAGCCAGGUGCAGCAGCUGGUGGAAAUGGGGUUCCCCUAUCCUGCUCUGAAUGGGGAGCUGCUGGAGUUUACCAAUGGGAACAUGGACGAGGUGGUAACCAUGCUCGUGAAGGUUACGACCGAGUGGCAGGAGAAGAUGGACGAGCUGGAAGAAAUGGAUUUCACGGACAAGGAGCUUAACAUGCGUCUGCUGCUGAAGCAUGAUGGCAGUUACAAGCGCACUGUGCGCGAGCUGGUGGCCCUGGACAAGGCCAGCAGGAAGGCCGGCAGGGCGGAGCGUGCGUAA